ACAUCCUUCUCCAAAAGAUGCUGCCGGGGGCAGGGAGCUAGAAGCCAACGGGGGUGAUCGACAAAUUGGAGGAGUGAAAGAACCCCGGAAAAACUUGUUAAAAACCCUAACGAAAAACCCAAAAAGCUAUGGAAGUUGAUAAGUCAUCCACCCUAGUUUGCACUGUAGUGGCCAUGGACCAUACCAGCUUCUGUUACAGAGUCUGCUCUGUCUGCGAGAGAACUCUCCCGGACCCCAGCAUUUCCGCCACCCCCCCCUUCUGCAAAUUUUGCGACCCAAACGCUUUCAAUCCCAACUCCUCCGCUUCCAAGCGCCUCUUUCGCGUUCUUAUUUCCGUAGCUUCAGACACGAAGGUUUUUGUGGUGAUUUGCUUUGAUAGGGCUGCGAGGGUGCUUUUUGGCUGUUCCGCUGAUGAGUUCUUCGACUUUGCCAAGCUCCACCCAUUUGCUGCUGCAGCUGCUGGUAGAAUACUAGAGGGGGAGAUGUUUAGAAUGACACUGUCUGAACCAAAGAAUGGCAACGCACAGCAUCUGCGGGUUGCGUCUGUUGUUCCUUUGCGAUCUGGGUUUCAGCCAGCAAUCCAGAGCUUGAGGGAACUGUAUGGAGUAAGAACUGUAUGCGCAGGCACAAAAACAAACAGAGAUUCCUGCCAAGCAGAUUUGUUGUUGUUUCCUUGCAGUGAAUCUUGAAAUGAGAGAGUUUUAUGCCAUUGAGAUUCUAUUUUCUUCUAUGCUAUCAAUGUAUCGAAAAGGAAAAGGAAAUAAUCUUCCUUGCAGUGAAUAUUGCCCCGGAUCUUUGCUUCUGAAGGUAAAGAUGUCAGUCUUGGAGCUCAAAUGUUAAUGAGUUUUUUGAUUACUGAAUUUGUAAAAUUUGGUCCUAAAAAUUGAAAAAGAACUUACGCUGUGUUUGGGAGCAUGAAUUUCAAAUCUUGAUUUGGACAAA